CUGUAUUACAAUGAUGACACAGCAAUUUCCGUGUUACAGGAGGCAAUUCAGGAGGAAAUCUUUGACGUUGCGUCGCGCUUUGAAUCCGCUCCUGUUGUUCUCGAAAGUCCGGCUCUAUGCAGCGUUUUAAUUAAUUACCUUCUUCGUCAAAACCGAGAGCUUUCUCCCCUCCUUUUCUACCUCGUAGCCAAGCACUACGCUUGGGUUGUUACAACGAAUAAAUCCUUGGCAACCAGUGAUCGACGCUUUCUGAUAGAAAUAUUUUCAACCUUUCUUCACGAGAAAUCACCUCUUCCUGUGAAAGUUGAUCCGCUUAUCAUCCAACAGAUGGAAGAGACGAUGUUAUUAAAUUCCCCUGCUGCUGUUUUUAAUGGGUGUUGUGAAGAUGUUUUGCCACAAAUCCAGUCACAAUUGGAAAAACUUAACAAGGACAUACGAUAUGGAUUGGAUAUUUGGAAGCCAGCAGAUGACUUUGACAUUCUCAUGGAGCAUACGCCAGAGGAGGAACUGGCAAUCUUCGAGAGAGCCAUCGCACCCUGUCUGCUAGAGUUGGACCGCAUUAUUGCUGACGGCUCGGCUGCCACGCUUUCUGUUUCAAACGGAAAGGCUGCUGGGGCCGCAGUUGCAGACCUACGAGGUCCUCUUACACCCUCCUCAAAUUGCGCUACGUCAAUCGAAAAUCUUGCGGCGCAAGCCACUGGAGGUCGAGCCGGGAACACUAACCUUACUACGCAUGCGUACACUGGAAGUCUGGCUUCUGGUCUUGCCUUCGUUGGUACCAUCAAGUGGCACAAACUGCCAUGUUUCAACUCAAAGAUAAAGACCAAAACGCCUUCGGCGGCUAUUUUCGGAAGGAUGAAGUCAACGACAUCGGUUAAAGGACACAACCUACAGGAACGCUGUUUUGAACGGAUUGCCGAGUGCGCUGUCUGUGGAGAACUCCUAUGGGGUCUAGCACCUCAGGGAUACUCUUGCCAAACCGGUCCUUGCGACGAAGAGAAGUCAGCACUGGCGGCCUCCACAGAAGAAAUUAGUCACUGUCGGAAUCAUAGUUGGGGAGAAGUCUUUCAAGCGCCCUCUGUGCUCCCUGCCUCCGGCUCCACGUCUGUGAAUGACCCGGCCCCUAUACCAGAGGCGACACCCUCUGCGGACCUCACAGCGUCGGGCCCAAAUGGACGAUCAAAUAGAGUAAACAUUGGUUAUUCACAAAGUAUUAGCUAUCGCCGAUCGGAUGGUCUCAAGUCGCCGGACUUCGCUACGCGACACAUACGGCAUUCGAAACCACCGUAUGAAAGCUACAGCGGAUCCGAUAUCAGACUUUCUAAACAUGCCACCUCCACCCUCUCACUCUUGUCACCUUCGGAACAAGAGAAGCAAGGUAUUACAUCCCCCGUCGGAGACAACAUGCAGAAACUCUGUCCCUUUGACUGGAGUGACGAUCAAGACAUGAAGGAACAGGAAAGUUUUGACGCCCUAAUUGAAUUGAGGACUCAUUUCCCCAACUAUGAAGUGCCUACCAAGGGCCCUAGGGUGCAAGAUCACGUGCGAACACUGGUCCUCCUCGAAUUUCACCAGAAAGUUCGCUACAUGGUGAGCUACCUAAAACAAUUUGACUACCUGCUCAUCCGGCCAUGGCCAGCCGAACACAAAUACCUUCGCGAGAUGUUGUGUUUGGACCACAUCCCACUGCUGAUUGGACUGUUUCAAAGCCUUGUGGCUGUGAUUGAGUCCACUGUAGAACCUCAAGGCUACGGAGAUCUGGCAAACGCAGUUUUAGAAUGGCUCACGGUGAAUAAUGGCGAAAACCUAAAGGCCUGGUCACGGCACUGCCAAGCUCUCUCCUGUACCAACAUGCUGGACUGCGUGAAGGCAGCCCGCAGGGAAUAUGCCCGCAAAAACCCACGGAUUCAGCCCCUACUAGAGACGCGAUUCAACAAGUUCGUUUUAAUUGAUGGUCUUACACAAAUGCGCGUGCUCUACUUCAAUCUACCUCUCAUUGUAAAGAAUAUUACGAAGGACCUGGAGAAGAAAACUACAAAGUACAAAGAAGAGGCCAAAGUGUGGCAGGAGAUCUACACGAAACUGUCGAGUCUUCCAUACACAAUCGACACCGUUUGCAUGCCUCUUGUCAAACUGAUCAACAACAACCAGUUCUAUUCAACAGUUGACAAGAAGGAACAACUCACCCGUCAUCAGGCCCAGGGCGGCACUGUGCCGUUUUCAACCCUGCUCCUGGAGUUUCCUCGCACACUCUUCCAGUACUACGUCGUUGACCAUGCGGAAGUGACGGUCGACAAGUUCACAUUUACCAGUGAAACUAAAAUUAAUUAUGACUAUCUGCGCGAAAAGACUGACGUGCUGGCCAUCCUGCUGGAAGAUGCGCUGCUCCUACUGAUCAAGGAGGGCGAUCGAUACGUCAUGCGUCCAUUUAAGCCCACAAAGGAGCAGGGCAUGGGAGCCGAUACCCCCGCACCACCCAGUGCUGGGCCCAAUUCCAGUGGCGCUAGCGGGGCCGCCCAUCCCCUAAACAGCAGCCUAGCAGCCAGCAACGCUAACCUGAGUGACCGUCCUUCCGGUAAUACGUUGGGGAACACGAUGAAGCUGCUGCCAGUAUUUCCUCUCGACUCGGUGUUUACGUCUCGGGGUGAAAACAUUGGUGGUGAAUACAUGUUGAACAUGAUUUUUAAGAAACUCGCGGUUCUCCUACGAAUUUAUUUUACGAAGAAAGAUCUGCGGGAACGGUGGUAUAAUACACUGAAGGCGCUGGAAGACAAUGUUCAUCCGUUCGACCGAGGAAGUCGGGCUGGAAGCUGCUGUCCUUCUGAACGCAGCAGUGUGAGUGAGGUCCUCCAUUCGCGUGAGAAUUCUGGAGAACUGCAGGAGUGCAAACCUCCUCCACAACCUGAAGAAUCUAGUGAAACGGAAGAUGAAGAUAGGAAGGACUCCGCAGAGAGCGUCGAGACCCUGGAAUCCUGUCAAGUUGCCGAAGGCUGUGCCGAAAGCUCCUGGACUUCAGAAGAAGUGACCAGCGAGGAGGUCAAACAACUCGCUGAGGAAUGCAACAGAAUCAACCAACGCAUCAUGGACUUAGUUAAGUCGAUUGACAGCGAUGAUACAAGUUAUGUUGUCAAAAAAGAGGUAAGUCUUGCAGACUCCUUUGUAUAA